AUGUCAACAACUAGAACAGAGGCCGGCGAGGUACCCCUCUUCAGAGGCCCCCGAAAGGGAAAAGGCCCAAUAGAGAGUGAGUCUGAAGAAUCAACGAACAGUGUAGGGAGCAGGCUGAGGUUAGAAGAAAACAUCAAACGACGAACUCAAAAUUUCGAUUCUCGAGGCCAGCAAAAGGAUAAAAAGCAACAGAAAUCCCCGGUACCGGAUGGGGGCAAAAGCAACCAUGAUAAACAAAACGCUGAGCCCAUAGACCUCGACAAAGACAAAUCGACAGAUCGGCCCGAGUUGUCAGAAAGGCAACAAAGUAAAAAAGAGAAGGGGUUCGAUCUCGAAGAGUUACUGGAUCAAGCCGACUCGCCAUUUAUAGAAGAAAUCAUGGGGGAGAAGGUCCCUCCAAAAUUCAAGCUACCAACGGUGAAACAAUUCGACAGGUUAAAUGGGACCGGGAAGAAGUUAAAUGAAAGCUUAGCCUAUAUCAAAAUGGAUGAGAAGGAUGUGUGCAUGCAAAAUUUUCUGCAAAUAAAAUCCUGUGCAAGAAUCACUGGGAUGUCCUUUGAUUGCAGUGAGAUUGCAUAUUUUCUUUCACUUGCCAGAAAUAAACAUGAACUGGAAUUGGACUUCAAGCGUUGUUGGGAAGAAUUUCGGUCAUCUAGCUCUGAAAAGGAGAAAGAGGCGGCCUUGAAUAUGACUGUGGAUAGUUUUUGUAGAUUAGUGAAGCAACAUGCUAAUGUAGCUCAAUUAGUUACCUUGUUAAUCGAAACACAUAUAUUCUCUUUUGUUGUGGGAAGAGCUUUUGUUACAGAUAUUGAGAAGCUAAAAAUCAGCAGUAAAAGAAGGUCUUUGGAUGUAGUAAAAGUACUAAAGUAUUUUUCAGAAGUUGCUGAGGAUGUUAUUAGUCCAGGUGCAAAUCUGUUGACUGCAGUUGAAGUCCUUGUAUCUGGGCCUAUUGACAAGCAAUCCCUUCUUGAUUCGGGUAUAUUUUGCUGUCUCAUCCAUAUUCUCAAUGCCCUUCUGGAUCCUGAUGAAGCCAGUCAGAGGGAAAAGGCAGCUAGUUAUGAAGAAAAAUCAAACUUGGGUGAAGAUCGCAGUGGUCAUGUUGGACAAGGGCGCCGGCUAGAGAUCGAGGGCAGUGUUAUUCAUAUCAUGAAGGCUCUGGCCAGCCAUCCUUCAGCUGCCCAGAGUUUGAUUGAGGAUGAUUCCCUUCAGAUGCUUUUUCAGAUGGUUGCAAAUGGGUCCUUGACAGUCUUCUCUCAGUAUAAGGAAGGUCUUGUUCCAUUGCACAAUAUACAACUUCAUAGACAUGCUAUGCAGGUACUUGAUCUUCUUCUGGUCAAUGACAGUGGAAGCACUGCCAAAUAUAUACACAAACAUCACUUGAUAAAAAUUCUUUUAAUGGCAGUGAAGGAUUAUGAUCCUAACUGUGGCGACUCUGCUUAUACCAUGGGGAUAGUGGACUUGCUACUUGAGUGUGUGAAAUUGUCUUAUAGGCCUGAGGCCAAUGGUAUAAGUCUCAGGGAGGAUAUACACAAUGCUCAUGGUUAUCACUUCCUUGUCCAGUUUGCACUGACUCUUUCUACAUUGCCAAGGAGUCAAGCUUUUCAGUCUAUAAAAUCUAGUCCACCACAAGAUCACAUUCAAGCCGCAGAUGUCUCCUUUGAAAUAAAUGAUAGAGAAAAACCAGAUUAUAUGGAACAAGAUGUCCCUUCCCUGCAACUUUUCCCUACAUUGUCAAGGUUGCUUGAUGUUCUUGUAAGUCUUGCCCAAACUGGUCCACAGGAAUCUGAGGGUUUAUCUACAGGGAGAAGAUCUAAAUCUACUCAUUCCAAGAACACUGGCCAUAGCAGAAGCAGAACAUCCUCGUCUGAUCGGCUUGCUGAUGAUCUUUGGGAGGAAGGCAAUAAUAAAGUCAAAGAUCUAGAAGCUGUCCAAAUGUUGCAAGAUAUUUUCCUGAAGGCAGACAACAGAGAAUUGCAGGCAGAAGUAUUAAAUAGAAUGUUCAAAAUAUUCUCAAGUCAUUUAGAAAAUUACAAGUUGUGCCAGCAGUUACGAACUGUUCCACUUCUCAUCCUAAACAUGGCUGGUUUUCCUUCAUCUUUGCAAGAGAUAAUCUUGAAAAUUCUUGAAUAUGCUGUAACUGUUGUAAAUUGUGUACCCGAGCAGGAAUUGCUUUCACUGUGUUGUUUGUUGCAGCAGCCAAUAAUGUCGGAAUUAAAGCAUACCAUACUUUCCUUUUUUGUAAAAUUAUUGUCAUUUGACCAUCAUUAUAAGAAAGUCCUGCGAGAAGUUGGUGUGCUGGAGGUUUUGUUGGAUGAUUUGAAGCAGCACAAGUUUCUUCAGGGUCCUGAUCAGCACGUUGGUAACUUUCACCAGCUAGAAAGAAAAUCCAGCACCAGCAGCUUCAAAAAGCAUUUUGAUAAUAAGGACACAAUUCUUUCUUCACCCAAGAUGGAGUCUGGCUCGGGGAAGUUUCCAAUUUUUGAAGUGGAGAAUACUACUACUGUUGCAUGGGAUUGUAUGGUCUCUUUACUGAAGAAAGCUGAAGCCAGUCAAACAUCAUUUCGAUCAUCUAAUGGUGUGGCCAUCGUCCUUCCAUUUCUAGUAUCUAAUGUACAUCGUCAAGGAGUUCUCAGGUUGCUGUCAUGUUUGAUCAUUGAGGAUACUGCACAGGCUCAUCCUGAAGAAUUAAGUACCAUUGUUGAAAUUUUGAAAAGUGGAAUGGUCACCAGUGUUUCAGGGUCUCAGUAUAGGCUUCAGAAUGAGGCUAAAUGUGAAACAAUGGGAACCUUGUGGCGUAUUCUGGGAGUCAAUAAUUCUGCACAAAGGAUCUUUGGUGAAGUGACAGGGUUUUCUCUUUUGCUUACUACACUUCAUAGUUUCCAAAGUGGAGGGGACUCAUAUCAGUGUUCAAUUGAGGAUCGCAUCAAGGUAUUUAUGUACUUACUGCGUGUUGUGACAGCUGGAGUAUGUGAUAAUGCUGUGAACAGGGUAAAACUGCACACGGUUAUUUUGUCUCAAACAUUUAAUGAUCUUCUGUCUGAGUCUGGCCUGAUAUGUGUGGAGUUUGAAAGGCAAGUCAUACAGUUACUAUUGGAACUUUCUCUUGAGAUAGUUCUACCACCAUACUUGAAAUUAGAAGAUGCUCCAUCGUCAAGUUUUGUGGAAAACACUUCAUCCAGUUUUCACUUAACAACUCCAUCAGGUUCAUUUCAUCUUAAUAAAGAACGCGUAUACAAUGCUGGAGCUAUAAGGGUUCUUAUCCGUUUGCUGUUGCUAUUUACUCCCAAGGUACAGUUGGAAGUUCUUGACAUCAUUGAAAAGCUUGCUCGUGCUGGCUCCUUUAAUCAGGAAAAUCUCACAUCAGUAGGUUGUGUGGAACUUCUAUUGGAGACAAUUCGGCCUUUCCUAUUGGGAUCAUCUCCAUUACUUGCAUAUACUCUGAAGAUAGUGGAAGUUCUUGGGGCAUAUAGGUUAUCUGCAUCAGAACUUCGAAUGAUAAUUAGAUUUGUUCUCCAAAUGAGAUUGUUGAAGUCAGGUCAUAUUCUUAUUGACAUGAUGGAAAGAUUGGUUCAUAUGGAAGAUAUGGCAUCAGAUAGUAUUUCUUUGGCACCAUUUAUAGAGAUGGACAUGAGUAAGAUUGGGCAUGCCUCUAUUCAAGUAUCUCUUGGAGAAAGAUCAUGGCCUCCAGCUGCUGGUUAUUCUUUUGUUUGCUGGUUUCAAUUCCACAAUUUCCUUAAAUCCCAAGGAAAGGAAUUUGAACCCUCAAAAGUAGGCCCUUCAAAGAGGUCGACGGCCAAAAAUGCUCAGCCCCAGGAGCAGCAAAUUCUCCGUAUAUUUUCUGUUGGUGCAGCAAGCAAUGAUAAUACUUUUUAUGCCGAACUUUAUCUGCAGGAGGAUGGUGUUCUAACCCUUGCCACUAGCAACUCUUCCUCCUUAUCAUUUUCUGGCAUUGAUCUUGAGGAAGACAGAUGGCAUCACCUUGCAGUUGUUCACAGCAAACCAAAUGCUCUAGCUGGACUAUUUCAAGCUAGCAUUGCUUAUGUGUAUCUUAAUGGAAAGCUAAAACACACUGGGAAACUGGGUUAUGCACCAUCUCCUGCCGGAAAACCUUUGCAGGUGAAUAUUGGUACCCCAGUUGCAUGUGCAAAAGUUAGUGACAUAAAUUGGAAGCUCCGUUCCUGCUAUCUUUUUGAAGAGGUGCUUACUCCAGGCUGCAUAUGUUUCAUGUACAUACUCGGUAGAGGAUAUCGAGGAAUUUUCCAAGACACAGAUCUUUUGCAUUUUGUUCCAAACCAGGCCUGUGGUGGUGGUAGCAUGGCUAUUUUAGAUUCAUUAGAUGCUGACUUGGCUUUGACCCACAAUAUGCAGAAGCAUGAGGUCGCAAGCAAGUUGGUAGACACAAGGGCAGAUGGUAGUGGGAUAGUUUGGGAUAUGGAAAGACUAGGAAAUCUUUCCUUGCAGCUCUCAGGCAAGAAACUGAUAUUUGCAUUUGAUGGAACAUCUACAGAAGCCAUGCGAGCAUCGGGAGUUUUAUCUAUGCUCAAUCUAGUAGAUCCCAUGUCAGCCGCUGCUUCUCCUAUUGGGGGUAUUCCCCGUUUUGGACGUCUUCACGGAGAUGUUUAUGUUUGUAAGCAAUGUGUAAUUGGUGACACCAUACGCCCUGUUGGUGGGAUGACUGUUAUCCUUGCCCUUGUCGAAGCUUCUGAGACGAGGGAUAUGUUGCACAUGGCCCUUACAUUACUUGCAUGUGCACUUCAUCAAAAUCCACAGAAUGUGAGGGACAUGCAAACCUACAGGGGUUAUCAUUUACUAGCUCUCUUUCUGCAUCGGCGUAUGUCACUAUUUGAUAUGCAGUCACUCGAAACCUUUUUCCAGAUUGCAGCAUGUGAAGCUUCGUUUGCAGAGCCCAAAAGGUUGGAAAAUAUUCAAACUACUUUCUCACCAAUUAAUACUUUUCAGGAGAGCAGUUAUGAGGAGCUUAAUUUAUCAAAAUUGCGUGAUGAAGUUUUCUCUGUUGGAUCACAUGGUGACAUGGAUGAUUUUUCUGCUCAGAAAGAUUCAUUUAGCCAUAUUUCAGAGCUAGAAAAUCCUGAAAUACCAGGUGAAACUUCAAAUUGCGUUGUAUUGUCAAAUCCAGAUAUGGUGGAGCAUGUGUUGCUUGACUGGACAUUGUGGGUAACAGCACCGGUUGCAAUUCAAAUUGCCCUUCUGGGUUUCCUUGAGCAUCUAGUCUCUAUGCACUGGUACAGGAAUCAUAACCUUACGGUUCUUCGCCGAAUUAACCUUGUUCAGCAUUUAUUAGUGACUUUGCAGCGGGGUGACGUUGAGGUUCCUGUGUUGGAGAAAUUAGUUGUCUUGCUUGGAGUCAUUUUAGAAGAUGGGUUUUUGGUAUCUGAAUUGGAAAUUGUAGUGAAGUUUGUGAUCAUGACAUUUGAUCCACCUCAACUGACACCAAGGCGUCCAAUUUUGCGGGAGUCUAUGGGGAAGCAUGUGAUUGUAAGAAAUAUGUUGCUGGAGAUGCUUAUUGAUCUUCAAGUGACCAUAAAAUCAGAGGAGCUGCUAGAGCAAUGGCAUAAGAUUGUUUCAUCUAAGUUGAUAACAUAUUUUCUCGAUGAAGCUGUUCAUCCUUCAAGUAUGAGAUGGAUUAUGACACUUCUUGGGGUAUGUCUUACUUCUUCACCAACAUUUGCACUUAAAUUCCGUACAAGUGGAGGUUAUCAAGGUUUGGUGCGUGUUCUUCCCAGUUUCUAUGAUUCCCCUGAUAUAUAUUAUAUCCUUUUCUGCCUUAUAUUUGGAAAGCCAGUUUAUCCUAGACUACCUGAAGUCCGAAUGCUAGACUUUCAUGCCCUUAUGCCAAGUGAUGGAAGUUUUGUGGAACUGAAAUUUGUGGAACUUCUGGAACCUGUAAUUGCAAUGGCAAAGUCCACAUUUGAUAGGCUCAGUGUUCAGACAAUGCUUGCCCACCAAACUGGUAAUCUUUCCCAGGCUAGUGCUGGUCUUGUGGCUGAACUUGCUGAAGGGAAUGCAGACAUGGCAGGAGAGCUUCAAGGUGAAGCUCUGAUGCAUAAGACCUAUGCUGCUCGUCUAAUGGGUGGGGAGGCAUCGGCCCCUGCUGCUGCUACCUCUGUUCUUAGGUUUAUGGUUGAUCUUGCAAAAAUGUGCCAUCCUUUUUCUGCAGUUUGCAGACGGACAGAUUUUCUUGAAAGCUGUGUCGACCUCUACUUUUCUUGUGUUAGAGCUGCUUAUGCUGUGAAGAUGGCUAAAGAGCUAUCGGUAAAGACUGAGGAAAAGAACUCAAAUGAUUGUGAUGAUGGUAGUAGCUCACAGAACACGUUCACUAGUAUACCACAGGAACAGGAUUUGUCUGUGAAAACAUCCAUUAGUGUUGGAAGUUUCCCUCAAGGGCAGGCAAGUACUAGCUCUGAUGACACUGCUGUGCCUCAAAAUGAGUCAAGUCAUAAAGAGGAGAACAAUACUGUUCCAUCCCCCCGACUGUCAAGCAAAUCAGGGCAUGAUUUUCAGGCCGUUGAGAGCUUUGAAGGUGAUAAUAUUGACCAGGAGUCUGUCACAUCCAGUACAAAUGAGUUUAGCUUCAGGGCAAGAAAAAGCAAUCUAGAACCCUUGCAACCAAUUGAUUCUCAUAGCACUGCUUCUCUAAAUUUUAUUGAUUCUCCCAUCCUAUCAGAGAAAUCGAGUUAUCGAGUCCCCCACACUCCCUCAUCAUCUCCAGUUCUUGCAUUGACAUCUUGGCUUGGGAGUGCAAGCAAUAACGAAUUAAAAUAUACUUCAGCUGCUCCGCCGUCUGUGGAAUCUUUUGCGUCUGCUGUAGAAUUUGAUCCGUCAUCAGAUUCAAAAUCUGCGUCUCAAGGACCAUCAGCUGCAAAUACUUUCUUUUCGGUUAGCCCAAAGCUACUUCUUGAAAUGGAUGAUUCUGGCUAUGGAGGUGGUCCUUGUUCUGCUGGUGGUACGGCUGUCUUAGAUUUUGUGGGUGAAGUUCUUUCAGAUAUUUUGACUGAGCAGAUAAAGGCAACACCAGUCAUAGAGAGCAUCUUGGAAAAUGUUCCUUUGUAUGUUGAUAUGGAAUCUAUGUUAGUCUUCCAAGGUUUGUGUCUUAGUAGACUAAUGAACUUCGUUGAAAGGCGCCUUCUGCGGGAUGACGAAGAAGAUGAAAAGAAACUGGACAAAACUCGCUGGUCUGCAAAUUUAGAUGCUUUUUGCUGGAUGAUUGUUGAUCGUGUAUAUAUGGGUGCCUUUCCGCAACCUGCUGGUGUGUUAAAAACUCUCGAAUUCUUGCUCUCUAUGUUGCAACUGUCAAACAAGGAUGGUCGAAUAGAAGUAUCUCCUUCUGGAAAGGGACUUUUAUCUAUUGCAAGAGGAACCAAGCAGCUUGAUGCUUACGUACAUUCAAUUUUAAAGAAUACCAGUAGAAUGAUAUUGUACUGCUUCCUCCCAUCAUUCUUGAUCUCAAUUGGAGAAGAUGGUCUCCUUUCAUGCUUGGGUUUGCUAAUGGAACCCAAGAAAAGAUCAUACACGGGUUCAUAUCAUGGUGAUUCUGGAAUUGAUAUCAGCACAGUCUUACAGCUAUUAGUUGCUCACAGAAGAAUUAUCUUCUGUCCAAGCAAUGUUGAUACCGAUCUCAAUUGCUGUCUUUGUGUCAAUUUAAUAACUCUUCUUCGUGACUCCAGGCAAUAUGUACAGAACAUGGCGGUUGAUAUUGUCAAGUAUCUCCUGGUGCAUCGAAGGCAUGCCUUAGAGGAUUUGCUUGUCUCUAAACCAAACCAAGAUGUCUUACGUGGAGGUUUUGACAAAUUGCUGACUGGAAGCUUAUCUGAUUUCUUUGAUUGGCUUCAGACUUCUGAACAGAGUGUAAAUAAAGUAUUGGAGCAGUGCGCGGUCAUAAUGUGGGUGCAGUAUAUUACUGGAUCUGGAAAGUUUCCUGGAGUGAGGAUAAAGGCAAUGGAGGGUCGUCGUAAGAAGGAGAUUGGGAGAAGAUCUCGAGAUACUUCAAAGUUGGAUGUGAGACACUGGGAGCAAGUGAAUGAGCGGAGGUAUGCUCUGGAUUUACUUCGUGACUCAAUGUCUACCGAGUUAAGAGUACUUCGUCAGGAUAAAUAUGGAUGGGUUCUCCAUGCUGAGAGUGAAUGGAAAAGUCAUCUCCAGGAACUUGUUCAUGAACGUAGUAUAUUUCCUAUGACCAUAUCUUCUGUGACAGAAGAUCCUGAAUGGCAGCUUUGUCCCAUAGAGGGUCCAUAUAGAAUGCGCAAGAAACUAGAGCGUAGCAAAUUGAAGAUAGAUACCAUUCAAAAUGCUCUUGAUGGAAAGUUUGAACUAAAAGAAGCAGAGCUGAUAAAAGGAGGAAAUGGCCUUGAUGCGUCUGAUGGUGAUUCAGAAUCCUAUUUUCAUCUUUUAACUGAUAAUAAUGCCAAACAGAAUGAUUCAGAUAGUGAUAUUUAUGAUGAACCUAUGUUUAAUGAAUCAGAUGAUGUCAGGGAUGAAACAUCUGUUAAAAAUGGAUGGAAUGAUGAUAGAGCUAGUAGUAUAAAUGAUGCAAGUCUUCACUCUGCACUUGAGUUUGGUGCCAAGUCUAGUGCUGUUUCUAUUCCAGUAGCAGAUAGCAUACAAGGAAGAUCUGACCUGGGAUCCCCUAGACAAUCGUCGUCUGCUAGAAUUGAUGAGGUAAAAGUUAGUGAUGAUAAAUAUGAUAAAGAACUACAUGAUGAUGGUGAAUACCUUAUAAGACCGUAUUUGGAGCCUUUUGAAAAGAUACGAUUCCGCUAUAAUUGUGAGCGUGUCGUUGGCCUUGACAAACAUGAUGGAAUCUUUCUGAUUGGUGAACUUUGUCUGUAUGUGAUUGAGAAUUUCUACAUUGAUGACUCUGGAUGCAUUUGUGAAAAAGAAUGUGAAGAUGAACUGUCAGUUAUUGAUCAGGCUUUGGGUGUAAAGAAGGAUUGUUUGGGCAGUAUGGAUUUCCAGUCCAAGUCAACUUCAUCUUGGGGAGUUACAGCUAAGUCAUGGUCUGGGGGAAGAGCGUGGGCAUAUAGUGGUGGCGCGUGGGGAAAGGAGAAAGUUGGCAGCAGUGGUAAUCUACCUCAUCCUUGGCGUAUGUGGAAGCUUGACAGUGUUCAUGAAAUUUUGAAGCGAGAUUAUCAGCUCCGACCAGUUGCUGUUGAAAUAUUCAGUAUGGAUGGAUGCAAUGACCUCCUGGUGUUCCAUAAAAAGGAGAGAGAAGAAGUCUUCAAAAAUCUUCUUGCCAUGAAUCUUCCCAGAAACAGCAUGCUGGACACUACAAUCUCUGGAACAACCAAACAAGAGAGCAGUGAGGGCAGUCGUCUUUUUAAGAUAAUGGCCAAAUCUUUUUCAAAAAGGUGGCAAAAUGGAGAAAUAAGCAAUUUUCAGUACCUCAUGCAUCUUAAUACCUUGGCAGGACGAGGGUACAGUGACCUUACCCAGUACCCGGUGUUCCCUUGGGUCCUUGCUGAUUAUGAAAGUGAAAACCUAGACUUGACAGAUCCAAAAUCAUUUCGAAUGCUUGCUAAACCAAUGGGUUGUCAGACGCCCGAGGGAGAAGAGGAAUUUAAGAAAAGAUAUGAGAGUUGGGAUGAUCCAGAGGUUCCAAAAUUUCACUAUGGUUCUCAUUAUUCUAGUGCUGGAAUUGUCCUCUUCUAUCUGCUGCGGCUCCCACCAUUUAGUGCAGAGAAUCAGAAGCUUCAAGGUGGGCAGUUUGACCAUGCUGAUCGUCUUUUCAAUAGCAUUAGAGAUACUUGGUUAAGUGCAGCUGGAAAGGGGAACACGUCAGACGUGAAGGAGCUCAUUCCAGAAUUCUUUUACAUGCCAGAGUUCCUUGAAAAUAAGUUCAAUCUUGACUUGGGAGAGAAACAAUCUGGAGAAAAGGUUGGUGACGUUGUCUUACCUCCAUGGGCCAAGGGCAGUGCUAGGGAGUUCAUCAGGAAACAUAGAGAAGCGCUGGAAUCUGACUUUGUUUCAGAAAAUUUGCAUCAUUGGAUAGACCUCAUCUUUGGAUACAAACAGAGAGGGAAGGGAGCAGAGGAAGCUACUAAUGUUUUCUACCAUUACACAUAUGAAGGGAGCGUGGAUAUAGAUUCAGUGACUGAUCCCGCAAUGAAAGCCUCAAUUUUAGCACAGAUUAAUCACUUUGGCCAGACACCGAAACAACUUUUCCUCAAGGCCCAUGUGAAGAGGCGGGUUGACAGAAAAUUCCCUCAUCCACUCAAGCAUUCUAAUUUUCUUGUCCCGCAUGAGAUACGUAAGAGCUUGUCUUCUAUAACCCAGAUUGUCUCUUUCAAUGAGAAAAUUCUUGUGGCAGGGGCUAACACCUUGCUUAAACCAAGAUCAUAUACCAAGUAUGUUGCAUGGGGAUUCCCAGACCGAAGCUUGAGAUUUCUGAGCUAUGAUCAAGACAGACUCCUAUCUACUCAUGAAAAUCUUCAUGAGGGUAACCAAAUUCAGUGUGCUGGUGUUACUCAUGAUGGCUGUGUUGUGGUAACAGGGGCUGAUGAUGGACUGGUUUGGGUUUGGAGAAUUACUAAACUUGCACCCCGUCUUGUUAGACGAUUGCAGUUGGAGAAGGCUCUUUCUGCUCACACCGCGAAAAUCACAUGCCUUUAUGUUAGUCAACCAUACAUGCUUAUUGCAAGCGGAUCGGAGGAUUGUACCGUCAUUAUAUGGGAUCUGAGCUCCCUGGUUUUUGUCAGGCAGCUUCCCAAGUUCCCAACUGCAGUUUCAGCGAUUUAUGUUAAUGACUUGACUGGGGAGAUUGUGACAGCAGCUGGAAUUCUGCUUGCAGUUUGGAGCAUCAAUGGAGAUUGCCUUGCAAUGGUCAACACAUCCCAGUUGCCCUCCGAUUCUAUUCUUUCAAUAACAAGCAGUACGUUUUCCGAUUGGCUGGAUACAAAUUGGUAUGCAACAGGUCAUCAGAGUGGUGCUGUCAAGGUUUGGCAAAUGGUUCACUGCUCCAAUCCUGCUUCUCAGAUCAAAUCUACCGGUAGUAGCACAUUUGGUCUGAAUCUUGACGAAAAGGCAGCGGAGUAUCGAUUGAUUCUUCAUAAGGUACUGAAAUUUCACAAGCAUCCAGUGACUGCACUUCACCUAACAAGUGACUUAAAGCAGUUACUGAGUGGUGAUUCCAGUGGCCAUCUUUUUUCAUGGACAUUGCCAGGUGAGAGCUUGAAAGCAGCAGCUUCAAUGAAUCAGGGGUGAGAAAUGGCAAUCAGAACUAAUGCAAAUAUCUCAACUUUCAAGUUGAUAGUUGAUGUGCUCUUCAUGGGCGACCGUCAACGGUCUCGUUACUGUCCUUACUGAGGAAGGAAAUAAAAUGCAUGAUCAAAUCAAAAAAUGACCGCAGGGCUGGCCUGGUGGUGAAACAUGAUUAACUUGUGAGCAAGACUGGGCUUCUCAGCAGCAUGAGACUAACAUCUGAGACAUGAAUAGCAUGAAUGCUUCUACUCUACUGCAUUAUACUCUGCAAUUUGGUGAAGAGUAAAGCAGGUCUAAUUGACAGCAGGCAGUAGGAUUGUGAUUCAACACGGUUUGUUUGUAUGUUCGGGUGAAAUUUAGUACAUUCUCGGGGUUUGAGCGAGAAUGUUAGAUUUCCCCCCUCUUUUUUUUCCUUGGGUGUAAAUAUAGAUUGAUCGAGGGUAUGAGUAUGUAAUGAGAAUUGUAUAUAGGAGAAGUUGUGCUAUCAGAGAGAGAGAGCUGGGUGAGAUGGUGCUCACCAUGGUGUCUGUGUUGGAGGAUGUUAUGGCCUCAUUGUAUUCAUUUUGGUAAUAGUUCUCUUUGCAUGGUGCAAUGGAACUCUAUUUCUUUUCUCAUGAAAUAUACAGAAAGACAAAAGCACGUUUCGUUUUGUUU